AUGUCUCACAAAUUGGCGCUCGAAUUGCGUUGGAUUCCGUCCGCGAAGAACACCACUAAAACAAUGUCCUCCGCGCGUGACCCUCCAUUCAACCCUCCUCCAUUCAACCCACGCCUAAACGACGCGCGUCACCCUCUUCCUCCACCUCUUUCCGGGGACUCCGACCGCCCCGUUUUCGUCCGUAAAGCCGUCCAGCGCCGAGCGAUCGAUUACACCGCGAACAACUUGAUUCACUCCGCGGAACGCGCGUACACGAGCUCGUUAACGCGAAACCCGAUCCAAGACUCUGUUCUCGUCAAACCGACGAGUGGGAGCAUGCUCGAUUUCCCACCGAGCUGGAAGUUACGACACGUGCCGGCGUCGAGCUUUGCGCUGAAGUUUGUUCACGUCAGUGCGAAUAAGAUCAAAACGCCGAUAAAUAAAGGUAAGUGGUUGUUGGAUUUGACGUGUGACGACGACGACGCGAUUAAGGCAUUUUUACUCUCUCGCGAGUACGAUUGUAUGAGUAUUCGUCGUUCUGUUGUUGUAUUUUGCUUCUCCUUUGAAAAACACGCGCUGACUUUAGACGACUUUCUUUCUUUCGUAAACGAAACGACGCAAACAGUUAUAUUCAUGCCGGAUGGGCGAAGAGUGCUCACGUGUUCACAGAACGGUGAAUUUACGCUCUGGAACGCGGCGAGUUUCAACUUUGAGACUAUUUUACAGGCGCACAAUAACCCAGUGAGAACGGCGACGGUAUCGCACAGCGAAAACUGGCUCAUUUCCGCGGACGAUUCCGGGCAAAUCAAGUAUUGGCAGAUGAAUUUUAACAAUUUGAAACAAACGCAAGCGCACGGGGAACCGAUUCGAGGGGUGAGUUUUAGCCCGACGGAUUUGAAAUUCGCCACGUGCGCGGACGACGCGACGAUUAAGAUAUUCGAUUUUGCGAGAGCUAAAGCGGAGACGACGUUAAACGGCCACGGCGGGGACGUGAGGUGCGUGCAAUGGCACGACACCAAGAGCGUGGUGGCGAGCGGCGGGGGGAGAGAUUGCGUCGUCAAACUCUGGGAUCCGCGAGUAGGCGCGCAGCGACAGUGCUUAUCCACGCUACACAUGCACAAAGGUUCGGUGAACUGUUUGAAAUGGAACCAAAACGGCCACCACUUAGUCACUGGGUCGAAAGACGCCAGCUUAAAAGUCACCGAUAUUCGCACGCUCAAAACGAUUUCCUCGCACGUCGGUCCGUACAGCAAAGACAUCGCGUCCGUCACGUGGCAUCCACACGACGAACGCGUUUUCACCUCCGGCGCAGGGGACGGUUCCAUAGCCUACUGGAUCGUCGGCGGUGGUUCCGACCCACAGGCGGAAGUCCGCGGCGCCCACGAAAGCCAAACCAACGACAUCGCCUGGCAUCCCGCCGGUCACUUGCUCGUCUCCGGAAGCAACGACAACGCCAUCAAGUUUUGGUGCCGAAACAGACCAGGUGAGGUUGCUCGAGACACAACAUCUCGAGUUACGAAAGCUGAAUACGCGCAAGAAGCGAUCGUCGCCGCGCACCAACAAGCCGUCGCGGCGACGCAAGGCGGCGGGAUCGGGAGCACGCGAGGCGUCCUGGGCGAGACGACGACAGCCGGUAUCGCGAGAGCCUCCGCCGUCCCAGGUUUGAGUCGCCCUCCGCCGCCGAGACCGCCUUCAGGUGGGCCACCCACCGGACAACCACCACCACCUCAAGCGCCUUCAGGCGCGCCUCCACCUCCUCGCCCGCCGCCGCCGAGAGCGCCGUCCGGACCCGCGCCGCCUUCUUCGACUUAG